GCCCCCACCAUGGCGCUGGGCUUGGAGCAGGCGGAGGAGCAGCGGCUGUACCAGCAGACGCUCCUGCAGGACGGGCUCAAGGACAUGCUGGACCAUGGCAAGUUCCUGGACUGCGUGGUGCGCGCGGGAGAGCGCAAGUUCCCGUGCCACCGCCUGGUGCUGGCCGCCUGCAGCCCCUACUUCCGCGCGCGCUUCCUGGCCGCGCCCGAGAGCGCGGGCGAACUGCAGCUGGAGGAGGUGUCGGCGGACGUGGUGGCGCAGGUGCUGCACUACCUGUACACGUCGGAGAUCGCGCUGGACGAGGCCAGCGUGCAGGACCUGUUCGCCGCGGCGCACCGCUUCCAGAUCCCGUCCAUCUUCACCAUCUGCGUGUCCUUCCUGCAGAAGCGCCUGUGCCUCUCCAACUGCCUGGCCGUGUUCCGCCUGGGGCUCCUGCUGGACUGCGCGCGCCUGGCCGUGGCCGCCCGCGACUUCAUCUGCGCGCACUUCACGCUGGUGGCACGCGACGCCGACUUCCUGGGACUCUCGGCCGACGAGCUCAUCGCCAUCAUCUCCAGCGACGGCCUGAACGUGGAGAAGGAGGAGGCGGUGUUCGAGGCGGUCAUGCGCUGGGCGGGCAGCGGCGAGGCCGAGGCGCAGGCAGAGCGCCAGCGUGCUCUGCCCACCGUCUUCGAGAGCGUGCGCUGCCGCCUGCUGCCGCGCGCCUUCCUGGAGAGCCGCGUGGAGCGCCACCCUCUCGUGCGCGCCCAGCCCGAGCUGCUGCGCAAGGUGCAGAUGGUGAAAGACGCGCACGAGGGCCGCCUCACCACGCUGCGCAAGAAGAAGAAGGGGAGGGACGCUGCCAAGGAGGCCGAGAAGGGCGCGGGCGAAGCCAAAGCGGAGGACGAGGAGGAGGCUGAGCGCAUCCUACCCGGGAUCCUCAACGACACCCUGCGUUUCGGCAUGUUCCUGCAGGACCUCAUCUUCAUGGUCAGCGAGGAGGGCGCGGUGGCCUACGACCCCGCAGCCAAUGAGUGCUACUGCGCCUCCCUCUCCAGCCAGGUCCCCAAGAACCACGUCAGCCUGGUUACCAAGGAGAACCAGGUCUUCGUGGCUGGAGGCCUCUUCUACAACGAAGACAACAAAGAGGACCCCAUGAGCGCAUACUUCCUUCAGUUUGACCACCUGGACUCAGAGUGGCUGGGGAUGCCACCGCUGCCCUCGCCCCGCUGCCUCUUUGGCCUGGGAGAGGCUCUCAACUCCAUCUACGUGGUCGGUGGCAGAGAGAUCAAGGACGGUGAGCGCUGCCUGGACUCCGUCAUGUGCUACGACCGGCUGUCAUUCAAAUGGGGCGAGUCGGACCCGCUGCCCUACGCAGUGUACGGCCACGCGGUGCUGUCUCACAUGGACCUUGUCUACGUCAUUGGUGGCAAAGGCAGCGACAGGAAGUGCCUGAACAAGAUGUGUGUCUAUGACCCCAAGAAGUUCGAGUGGAAGGAGCUGGCACCCAUGCACACCGCCCGCUCACUCUUCGGGGCCACUGUCCACGACGGCCGCAUUGUUGUGGCAGCUGGGGUCACCGACACAGGGCUGACCAGUUCCGCUGAGGUGUACAGCAUCACAGACAACAAGUGGGCACCCUUCGAGGCCUUCCCACAGGAACGCAGCUCCCUCAGCCUGGUCAGCCUGGUGGGCACGCUCUAUGCCAUCGGUGGCUUUGCCACACUGGAGACUGAGUCCGGAGAGCUUGUUCCCACAGAGCUCAAUGACAUCUGGAGGGUGUGAGCCUUGGUGCCGACGUGGAUUCUCCGUUUGCCUCAUCACCACACUCAAGCCAGGAAAUUCUGCCGGCUCCACUCAGUCGCGACCAGCGCUCACCUCCGCUCCCACCACCACCGAGUCAAGAUGAUCUCUCUCCUCACAGAGAUUCUUGCAAGAGCCUCAUAAGUGGUCUUCUGUCUUCUGCCUUUGCCCCCACAGUUCGUUCUCCGCACAGCAGCCAGAGGCAUCUUUUAAGAGUGCAGCUCAGGUCACGUCACUUCCAUGGUGAAUCCCUCUGAAUAGCUCCCCAUUACAAGCAGAAUUGACUCAGUCUCUCUACACUGGCUAGAAGCUCCCACGUGGCCUGGUUUCCGUUCCCUCCCGGACCUCGUCAGCCCCCAUGCUCCCCCGUUCAUGAUGCCGAUCAUUGGCCUUUCUGGCCUUCACACCUCCACAGCUGGGUGUGUCUCACGGCUACUGGCCGUGUCCCCAUCCCUGCUCAAACCCCGCUCCAGAUGUGCCCGUCUUGCUCCCUUCACCUGGUACUCUCUGCCCCACAUCUUACCACUCAAAUCUCAGUUCAUAUGCCACCUCCUCAGAGAAGCCCGCCCAGACCCCACUAGAGAAGCCCGACCUGUCACCAACUUCUGUCCCAUUGCUCGUUUUAGCUUCUUCGUAACACUGACCAGUCUCUAAAGCUCCUCCUUCGUGGGUUUGACCUGUUGAUGGUCUGUCUCUCCCCACGAGACUAAGCUCCACGAGGUCAGGGUCUUUGCCGUGUUCAUGGCUGUAUCCUCAGUGCCUAGAACAGUGCCUGGCACUUGGCGCUCAAUAAACAUUUGUUCAAUAAACUCAGCAGAAGACCCACGAACAAC